GAAGUGAGGUGGAGUUGUUCGAGUGAGAAGAGCAUAAAAAGAGAAAGAGCUGGAUCCUCCGAGAAAACCUCACUGGAAGUGACUUAGUUUGCAACUCCCAAGGUCCCUGUCUCGCCCUCUUUUUGUAAUAGUGAGUGCGUAGUGGCACAGUGCGCCCCAACCUCCAUUGUCCAAGGAGAUCACACACACACAUACUCACACUUCUCUAUCCCUGAUUGAAAGCUUUCGCUUUCCUUUUUAUUGUAUUUUGCUGCUUCUAUUUCUUUCUUUCCCCGCUUCAAAAGCGCAUCCAAUAUAAAUCACUCGUCUUCCUGCUCAUUUUCAUUUGAAGGGAGUGGGGCACAAAAUGCUUUGCUAACGGCGUCAGGAGGACUGGAUAUUUUGGCUCAAUUUGAGUUGAGAGACGAAUCGGAUAGUGUGCGAGGGAUAUUGCUAUGGAUCCGCCGGCGAUUAUGAAUGAUGGGUCCUACAAUUUGGCGGAGAUCUGGCAGUUUCCGAUAAAUGGGAACGGGAGAGGUCAAUUUGGGCAGAGUCUGGGCUCUCAGUUUGGGGAUUCAAACCGGGAUGUUUCGGGUAAUGAUCCAAUGAAUUUGGAACACAGAGGAGCUCGUGGUGGCGGUGGCGCCGGUGUAAGAAAACGGCGUGAUUUCGUGGAGGAUGAUUCCGCUCAGGUCUUCUCUUCAAGCAACGCCAAUGGCAAUGGCAUGAGUGACGCUGAUGCUAAACGGCUUAAAACAUCCGAGAAUAGGGAUGAGAAUCCUGAUCCUAAAGCUGAUGCAGAGCUCAGUUCAGGCAAGCCUGUGGAGCAGAAUGCUCAACCACCAGAACCACCUAAACAAGAUUACAUACACGUACGAGCAAGAAGGGGUCAGGCUACUGAUAGCCACAGUUUAGCAGAAAGAGCUAGGAGAGAAAAGAUAAGUGAAAGGAUGAAAAUUCUUCAGGAUCUAGUCCCUGGUUGUAAUAAGGUUAUUGGCAAAGCCCUUGUUCUUGAUGAGAUUAUUAACUAUAUCCAAUCAUUACAACGUCAGGUUGAGUUCCUAUCUAUGAAGCUUGAAGCAGUAAAUUCGAGAAUGAACCCUGGAAUUGAAGCAUUUCCUUCUAAAGAUUUUGGGCAACAAACAUAUGAUGCUACUGGCAUGGCAUUUGGUUCGCAAGCCACAAGGGAUUACAGCCGUGGUCCAUCACCAGAGUGGUUGCAUAUGCAGGUUGGCGGUGGUUUUGAAAGACCAUCAUGAUCUGAAAAGAUAAUCAUCAGGUGGCAAUUUCUUCUUACUGCAGUGGCUGUCAGAAUAUAUACCUCACUAUGUUAAAUCAAUUAUAGAACAUAAUUUCAUUUUCAACAUAAGACUUGGAGCUGUGGUUGCUGUCUUAAAAAGACUGCUUAAUUUACUACCUAAACAUCUCCAUUCAUUUGUGUGUUGGAAAAUGAUUCUUUACUCCCAUGUAUCUCUUGGCUGGCUUCUUGCUCUUUGUUCAAGUAUCUGAAUAGUGCCUUCCAGAAUGAGUAUUGUACUUGUAAAAGAAAGUUGGUUGUUCAAAUUUUUAAUGCUUACAUAUUGUAUAAAAACCUUGUUUCC